AUGUUCAAGGCCCUAAUGGGCGGGGGCCGGUCGGCGUCCUCGGACGCCCGCAGCACAACCAGCUCCAGCUCCAAAACAAGCCGUCGCAAGACCGAUUCCAAGUCUGCCUCAAGCCGCAAAUCCUCACGGGGUGACGACCGUGAUCGUGGCUUGGGCGACUUGUCGGCCUACCCUCCAUCCACCUCUGGCAGCAAGCGCGGUCCACCCAGCAUCGCCGGCGAGUCUGUCGCAUCGACCUACGUAACCGCCGAGCCCGAUAUCAUUGACUAUCCCGAUCGCACAGUCGUCGAGCGCACCCCCAAGCGCAAAGACAGUGGCCGCGACAGCAAGAGCUCAAGCCGCCGCGAGCGCGACCGUUCCGAAAGCCGUGAGCGUGAGAGGAGGAGAUCGAGCCGUCGCAGUGGAGACGAUACCUAUGACGAUGAUCUGGAUAGAGAGCGUGAGCGUGACCGUCGCGACCGGAGUCGCACAUACUCGGGCGACCAUUAUGUGCCUCCCAUCUCCACGGCCAUGCCGUCCAGCGUCCCGGGCGCUCAAUUCGCCGCCGACAUUGCGGCACCGGGAUUCUCGCAGUUCCCCAUGCAACAAGACAAUGCGAUGCACCCGCCUGUGACGACCGCACCGGGACAUUCGCCGACCCAUGAUACUUCGCCUGGGGCCUUCGACCCCCAUGUACAACACCAAUUCCCUGGUCAAUUCCCGUCUGGAACUGCGCAGCCUUAUUUCCCACCUAAUAACCCUGCGGGCGCUGCUGCAGACUACUACGGCGAUCAAGGCCAGUCUGUCAAUGACCAACCGGGUGUUCGACCACAGCAGCCUGCCAUCAUUCCUAACAGCCAAGCACAUUUGAUGGCAGCUUCGCCCUCGGCUAACCCCCCACCCGAACCUAGCAGCUUAGGUCAAGUUGGUGCGGCUGCUGCGUAUUUCACAGAUGACAUCCCGCAUACCGAAUCACAGGCCAAGCCACCGACAGAUUCAUCAUCCAAGCCUCCAAAGCCUGGUAAACCGUCGAAACCUAGCAAGCCGUCCUCGUCAAGUGCUAUUCCAGCAGCCGCUGCGGCCGCGGCAAUGACCUAUGGUGUGGGCAACUACGAAGAGUCUCAAGCUGCAGCAGCUUAUCAGCACGAGUCUUAUUCAUCGACAACGGCUCAGCAAACUCACUCGUUCUCGCAGCCGGCUGUGACAAGUACUAGCAAGCCUCCCCAUUCACAUGGCGUUGGAACUGGCAUUGGACUGGCAGCUGCAGGCGCAGCAGCGGGCUACAUGGUGGGCCAUCAGCAUCACGAAUCUAGUCCCACCCAUUCGUCGCAGUACACCUUCCAGAACUACGAGCAAUCCUCCCAUGGCAGUGUUCCUCCCUACGGUGCUGAUCCCAGCAACGCCAUGAUCGCGGCCGGUGCUGCUGGUGCCGCAGGGUAUGCCGUGCACGCUGCCCACAACCCUGGUUUCUAUCCCCACGGCGGCCUAGCAGUUCAACACAGGCACCGUGGACCCCUCACAAAGUUUGUGGAUUUCUGGCGAGAUCCCGAGGGCGUUGGUCGUUUCGAAGACUACACGGAAACCAUCGGUGUGUGCAAGUACUGCUUCGAGCCGGGUACCACCUCUAUGAAUGCGCCUCGCAAGCAUCAUUAUCACGCGCGCCGCCAUUCCGCUGAUCGCUAUAGUAGUGGAAGCUCAUCGCGAGUCAACAAACUCAGCCGGUACCAUUCCUCCGAGGAUGAGCGACGUAGUCGGAAGCGCUCAUCCAAGAAGUCUUCCUCCUGGCUUCCGGGUAUGCUGGCUGGCUAUGCGGCCAAGUCAAUUUUCACCGGCAAGGACUUUGAUGAAUCUUACAGCGUCCGAUCUGGCCAUGUCUCGGGUGAUCGAGCCUCAACUUACGACCGAGAAGAUGACCGGAGGAGCUACACUUCUCGAGGUGUUGUUCGCCGGUCUGGUCGCAGCUCUCCGCGAGAGUAUCAUUCCGACAGCAAGCAUACCCAGCAUACUCAACGAACGCGCUCUCGCUCGCGAUCAUCUUCUCGUUCUGGUCACCACUCUUUUGUGAAAGAGGCUGCUCUCGGUGCAGCUGUUGGUGGUGCAGCCCUUGCAGUAGCGAAAUCGCAUCGCCGUUCCCGCAGCCGUUCGCCUUCUCGGGCUCAGCGUCGCAAGGAUUCCUCAUCUAGCACGUCGUUUGUGGACGUCUCCCGACCUUCAGCCAAGUCUGUCAGUGGUUUUACGUCGUUCUUCACCUCCUCAUCCGAGAACCGCAAGAAGGAGAAAAAGAAGCAGCGUGCUAAGAAGUCGAGGGGCUUCUUCUCCUUCAAUAGCUCGUCUUCCUCUUCGCUCGAUGCGGAUCUGGCAUUUGGCAGCGGCUUGGUUAAGAAGUCAUCCAAGCUCCAGAAGAAGCAGAAGAAGAGUAAGAAGAACGAGGACGUUGACGCCGCUCUUAUCGGGCUGGGUGCGACAGCGACAGCCCUCGCCGCUUCGUCUCACUUCCGCAACAACCGCAGUACCGGUCAGAUGAUGACUGCUAGAGAUACCCGCCACACUAAUUACACUUCCUCUGCCACAAAUGAAGAUGACGAAUGGGUCGAUGCCGAGUCGGAGAACCAGUCCUCGUCAAGUGUCAGCUCUGCUUUGGCAUUCGGUGCUAGCAGCGCUGAGUCUGGAUCCGAUUCGAACAGCAGCGGGGGUUGGAAUUGGGGAUGGGGCAACAAGAAGAAAAAGAAGGACAAGAAAUCUUCCAAGGUGGACGCUGCCAUGGCGGCUGGCGCUGGUGCACUCGGUGGUGCCGCCAUUGCUUCGAUGGCUCGCCGCCGCGACAGCCGUCCCCCAAGCGAGGCUGGAAGUCUUCAGCAGGUCUAUCCUGUGCCCACCUCCGAUCCAUCUCGUUUUGAUGUUGCCAAGAUGUCCCCUUCUGUGGUGUCUGGUAGUCAGCCACCUCUUGUUCGUCCUGGUCCUAUUCCUCUGCAACAGCCACAGCCCUACACACCGGUUUCUCAGUCUGUGUACACCACCCAGGGAAGCUUGCCUGGAGCAAUUCCUGCCUACAGUCCUGGUGCUGUUCCUCCCAUCUUCGCCAAUGAAUACGACCACUACAACACGGAGGUCCAGGGCUCUCGGGAUGCUACCUAUUCUCGUGAUGACGCAAGCUUUAUUGAGCGUCGCAAGCAUCAUCGAAGCGACUCAACGCCUGUCUUCUCUACGCAAGAGAGUCUCGUGUCAGCCCCUAAGCGCCGAUCCACCACCCGUGACCAAGCCUCUGUGUCUUUCGACCUGACCGAAGAGCAAGCUGAGCGCGAGCGCCGCCUUGACCGACGUGACAGAACAUCGCGGGAUGAUGUCCGAGAUGUGCCUGUCCAGCUGAUUGAUCACGAAGAGGAGCUGGCCCGCGAAGAAGCUGCAGGUCGUGAGCGCCGAGAGCGCCGCAAGCUCCGCGAGGAGGAAAAGCGCCGCAGCGAUAGCGACAAGGAGAAGGAUUCCUCUUCAUGGGUCGAAGCAGCUGCCAUUGGAGCCAUCGGCGUUGCUGCUGCUAGCUCUCUCGUUUCAUCUCGCAAGAAGCAUGACGAAGAUGUCUCCGAAGCUAGCUCACGACACCGGGACCGCCGCGCUGAGCGUCGUGCUGAACGACGAGGUGACUCCUCAGUCAUCUCCAAGUCUGAAGUCCCCGAGCUCAUCGAGGAGAAGGUCUCGUCAGUAUCGAAGCAAAGCCGUGACAAACCAUCUUCUCGCAAGUCUCGUUCUCCUCGUCCAGCUCCCGUGCACGAAGAUUACGCUGAAUUCUUCGCUCCGGAGGAAGUUCGCCACAGUCCUGAUCAGAGUUCGCGCGACAAGGACCGCAAUCGCGACUCUGGUGAGCCUCAAAUCGUCGAAGUAGUGCCUGCCAGCGAGCGAGAGAAGAACAAUGAUGAGCCCCGUGACGACUUGCCGCAGUUUGCGCAAGAGCCCUAUGAAGGCCGUGAUCAUCUCCCUUGGCCGGUCCCACGGUUGAACUUCAUUGAUCCUACCCCUCCACAGAGCGUCAAUGGUUCUGUUCGUUCGCCUUCGUCGCCCGUCCCUACCAUUGAGCCUGUUCGUGAAGAAGAAAAGCCCCAGGAACCCGAACCCGAACCCCAGCACGAGCCUGAGGAGGAAUGGAAACGACCCUCGACUGGUUCGCGGGUCUCCUGGGGAACGCACCAGACCCAUGAAUAUGAGAUUCCAUCUUCAUCCGAGCAGGACCCGCAUUCCCCUAUGGAAGAAAUCACCGGAAACUUGUCUAUGAGCGAGCUGGACAAGGAUCAGCCCAAGGAUGUCUCUGGCCAGAUUGACUUUGGUAACGACAUCGAAUUCGCUGCUAUUGCUGCUGCUGGCGCCCAAGCAGCUGGCUUCGAUCCCUCAGUUGUCAUCAAUGACCCGUCUUAUCACACUCGCACCUCGCCUCCCGGGUCGGAGGAUGAAGGCACGUUCUCCCCUCAAACCAAGUGGGCUGUGCCCCCUCAAACAGAGCACCCCCACGGGUUUGUCGAAGGCGAGAUUGGCAGCUACGUGCCGAGCAAGUCACAGGAUGUUGAACCACCAGUCGAGCAUGUUAUGGAUGAGAAGCCAUUCUAUGCGGAACCUGAAUCGUUCACUCAAGACAAGGACAUCUCGUCCUCUCAGCGGCGGGACCGCGGCUCAAUUGCGCAAGAGGUCAUUGAACAGUUGAAUGGGAAGAGUCCGCGCUCUGGCUCUCCUGACGACGAUGUCUUCUCCAUGCCUGGCGGCUUUGAUAGCGGUGUUAUUCCUCGUGACCUCCCUCGGGAUGAUACCCGCUCGGUGUUUUCUGCUCCGCCUGAGCGCGAGUCCGAGAAGAGCAAGUCCAAGAAGUCGCGUCGCAGUGGUGACGAUUUUGAAUUCCCUCGUGAGAUCUCCUCGCGUGAGCGUGAGGUUGUUUCGCAACCUGAUGAAGUCGAGGAGAAUGCCGGGGAAAAGUCGUCACACCGCAAGCACCGGUCCAAGCACAGCGACAAUGACUCAUUCUCUGUGGAUGAUGAUGCUAGGUCUGCGAUUACUUCUGUCGAGGAUGUUGAAAAGUCUGAGCGACGGAAGCAUCGCCAUCGUUCGUCGCGCGAUAAGGACUUUGAUGAUGCUGCCUCAAUUGCAUCCUCGCCUGCUACUGCUUCGUAUGAAGAUGGCGAGAAGUCUGAGCGACGCAAGCAUCGCCACCGCUCGUCGCGUGACAAGGACUUUGACGAUACUGCCUCGAUCGCAUCCUCUCGCUACGAGGAUGAGGAGAAGACCGAACGACGUAAGCGUCGCUCCAAGCGCGAUAGUGAUGCCUUCUCUGUGGAUGACGACGCGAGAUCUGCUAUCACUUCCAUUGACGAUGGCGACAAGUCUGAGCGCCGCAAGCAUCGCUCUCGUUCCUCGCGUGAUCGGGACUUCGAUGACAAUGUCUCUGUCACCUCCUCUCCGGCCCGAAUCGAUGAAACCCGUGAGAAGCGCAAGAGCAAGGACGGCAAGGAUGAGAAAGAGAAGGACAAGAGUGGGAGCAUCCUGCGCAGCAUCUUCGGCUCGCGCGUGUCUGCCCCUGAAGGUCGUACCCGUUCCAACCAAUCUUCACGGUCUUCAUCUCUAGAGAAACGUCCUUCUCGUGAUGCCGUGUCAGAAGCCGGUGUUGACGACGAGAGACGCCGGCGCAAGAAGCGCUCUUCCAGACACAGCAGCUCCAGCGGAGGUGACAAGCUUGAUGAUGAUGCCUCGGAUAAGGAAGGUAGUGUACGGGAUGACGCGAAUCUGGAGGAGUACAGGUCUCAAAGGCAGCAGAAGGAGGAGCGUCGUCGUCACAAAUACGAGGAAAUAGUUGAAUCGGGAAAACGUCGGGAAUCUGAGAAGGUAUAG